AUGAUAUUCCAUCUGAAGCUGCUGCAUGCACUUACACUCCCGCUCCACUCAUUUCUCACCAAGGGCAUCAAAGCAACAGUUUUUUCUGAUGGAGAAAUACGCCUGCCGCGCUUUUCAUUUUAUAAAAUCACAGUGGUACUUCUAACGCUGUCGGCAAUUUGGCAGUGCAUUUCGUGGUCUAACCCGUUGGGCGCUCUUCAGUGGAAUCUCAGUGUUCGACCACAAGUUAAUCUUAAACCACAAAUGUCGCUGGUUGCGAAGAGCCAUUCAGCACCGAACAUGUUGCCGCCAUCUUCAUGUUCCCAGAACAGCAAAGCCAAACGAUCAAAGUCCGAUGGAAGGCAGUUCGAAAUGGCUGGUAAAGUAGAUGUGGGCAUCGACGCACGCGUUAAAAAU